AUGUGGAAUUCAGUUAUGAAGAGUGUUGGUUUAUUACCAACCGAAGAGUAUAUUCAGCCUCGUUUGUCCAUUGGCAAUGCAGUAUCAGAUCAUGAAUUCUCUACUGGCCACUUCAAGAUCCAGGUAGACGCCCAAGCAUUAUGUUUGACUGUCAAGAACGUCCAUGGUCGUAUCAUUUGGAAAUCUCUACACAACUUGCCCUUUUUAUCUACAUGUCUCGGGAAAGACAGUGUCAGUCCCGGAGAUAAUGGGGUAUUCAAGAUUACAGAAUGCAGCGAGAGGCCCUCUCGUCUUCAAACCAUCACCAAAAUUCAGAGAGAAAAUGACACAACCAUCCGCCUCCAUGGUGGCCUUAGUGCUAAAUUGGUGUUACCUACUCACAUGGAUUAUGUUAUGACUUUUAAAGAAGUGUCUCACCGUCAAUUACAAUUCUCUGUGCAAGUGACACACAGAGAUCCCUCCAUGGAAGACUAUGAUCGACUCAUUUUGACGUACGAGAGCAGAGCAGAUGAACACUUUUACGGCUUUGGUGAACAGUUCUCUUAUGCUUCUGUCAAGGGACAAAAAGUCCCCGUUCUUGUCAGAGAGCAAGGUGCUGGUCGUGGUGCACCUGCUGCUGCCUCAUUCAAGGAAUCCGCUCUCAGUAUGCUCGGGUCCUAUGGCUCAGCUGAUAAUUUUGCCACGUACGCAUCUGUGCCUCAGUACAUUUCCAGCGAUAUUCGAUGCCUGUUGAUGGAGAAUUCAGAGUACAUGAGUUUUGACAUGACAGAGCCGGACCGUGUAUCUAUUCGUUUGGAAUCUGAUACAAUGAGAGGCCGUAUCCUGGACGGUAGAACCAUGCUUGAUUUGAUCACGGAAUACACAUCGUAUGCAGGAAGAAUGCUUCCUUUGCCAGAUUGGGUCUCCGAGGGUGUCAUUGCUGGUCUUCAUGGCGGCAAAGAAAAGACCAAGCAGGUGAUUCAGCAAUUGAGACAAAAGGAAAUCCCAAUUGCAGGCGUGUUUUUGCCAGAUUGGACAGGAGAACGCUUGCAAGAGACAGGCCGUGAUGUCCAAUUCAUCCGUAGCUGGUGGAAUUGGGAAAGUGAUGAUGAUCUUUACCCUGAAUGGGAUGCAUUUGUACAAUCAUUGGCUAACGACGAGGGAGGGAAGAUCCGUGUCUUGUCUUAUGUGAACCCACUGUUGACAUCAACACAGCUUAAACAUCGUUUUAAAAAGAACUUGUUUGCAGAGGCUCAAGAGAAGGGAUAUCUGGUCAAGGGCACGCAAUCAAGCUCGUCUGAUAGCCAAGCACUGUCUAUUAGGUUUGGGUUGAAUAUGGAGGCUGGCAUCUUAGAUUUGACUCAUCCUGAAGCAAGAGCCUGGUUCAAGGAGAUCAUGAAGGAGCAAGUGUGGAAGUCUGGCAUCUCUGGUUUGAUGGCUGACUUUGGAGAACAUUUGCCUUGCGAUUCAAGCAAAAUCACAUUACAUUCUGGAGAAACUGCUUCUACAUAUCACAAUCACUACCCUGAAGAGUGGGCUCAAUUGCACCAAGAAGUGGUUAUGGAGCUAGGCAAAGAAGACGAAGCAGUUUGUUUCUUUCGCUCUGGAUAUAUGCAUUCACCAGGCCACAUGAAUCUCUUUUGGGCAGGCGAUCAAACAGUGACAUGGGAUGCUCAUUACGGCAUCAAGAGCGCAGUUAUUGGCAUGCUUUCUGGUGGGUUUUCUGGAUUCUCAGUGACACAUUGUGAUGCAGGUGGCUAUAAUACUGUGCCCAGUAGUAUUCCAGGCAUGAGAAUGACUCGCACAAAGGAAUUGUUGUUUCGAUGGUUAGAGCUGGCCGUAUUUACCGCGGCGUUUCGUACAUCCGAAGGUAUUAUUCCCUCAUUGAAUGCUCAGUUUUAUGAUGAUGAAGAGUCAUUGACUCAUUUAGCACAUACUGUCAAGUUAUUCACCGUCAUUGCCGCUUACAAAAAGACAGUGCUGAAAGAAGCGUAUGAAAAGGGCUGGCCUCUUUUGCGCCAUCCUGUGCUCUAUUACCCCAAUGACAAAACCGCUCGUGAACUGACAUACCAACAGUUUAUGUUGGGCGGUUUUAUGAUGGUAGCACCUGUCCUGACCCCCUCCACAGCGUUUGUCAAGGUCUAUUUCCCCAAAGAUGCUCAAAAGGUAACUUGGCGUCAUGUUUGGAGCGGCAAGUACUAUACUGGGGAUGGCACCUACCAAGCGGUUGAUGCUCCUCUUGGUCAGCCAGCCAUAUUCAUCAGAGAACCAAGAGGUGAUGAUGGUUUGCUCAAUGGAUUGCUUGAUUAUGCUACUACGUACUACCAGCAAAAAACACAACCCAAAUAA